CGCCGACAACACCCAGCCGGUCCUACCUCGCCGCACGUACAUGGCUGGAACUAAGCGUCAACCCUGCAUUGUACGUCGGUGCCGCAUCAAUACAGGGCGGAAUUAGCUGUUGCAGUGUCCGGGUAGUGACGCCUUCAACACCCACCUCGCACCUACGUCCGCAGCUGACAAACAACGUCAUCAGGUUUCAACUUGUGUUGGUGUAAACAUGAGAGCCUUCUGUGCCAUUCUAAGCACUUGCCUCUGCCUCUGUCUCGCUGAGGAUGAGAUAAUUGAUCUCACUCACACAUUCGGGAAGAGGACGAUCUACUGGCCGGGAAAUCCACCGUUUAACUUUUCCAACGUCUUCCGGUCACCGUUUGGUGUGGCUUCAGUAGAAGCCAAUGCCUUCGAGACAGCCGAGCACAGUGGGACUCACAUGGAUGCUCCAAGACACUUUUGUCCAGAAGGAAAACGUAUGCAUGAGCUGGUCAUGGAUCGGUUGUCGGGGCCUGGGGUCGUCAUCGACGUCAGGAAACAGUCAGAAGACAAUCUCGAUUUCCAAGUCACCGAGCAGACUUUCAGAGAUUGGGAGGAAGAACAUGGCACCAUUCCAGACGGAGCUAUCGUACUUUUCAACUUUGGCUGGGACAAGUUUUGGCCCAAUAGAAAGCAGGUCUUCAAUACCGAAGAUGUCAUGAAUCCAUCCACGUUCCACUAUCCUGGUUUAAGUCCCAAUGGGACAAAGUGGCUGACGAGCAACCGCAAAGUACACGCGGUUGGGGGUGACACUCCAUCUCCUGACUAUGGUCAAUCCAGUUUAUUCGAGACACACGUGAUCUUGUUGUGUGAUAAUGGGAUCGUAAUCCUGGAGAAUGUAGCAAAUCUAAACAGUAUGCCAGCUACUGGAACAAAGGUAUACAUUGGCGCCCUGAAGCUGGAGAAUGGCAGUGGAACACCAGUCAGACUAUUCGCUGUUCCUAUGUCAAGUGCCUCUGUGACCAGGUGUUCUAUGUUGCUGUUGGCAUUGACUUUACUGUUUGCUGAAAGACUUUACUGAAUGCGUCGUCCCACACUCACAGCAAUAUCUGAUGUUCCAUGUAUCAUGCCAUUGUGAUUGUUUGUACUAUUCGGCUAUUUGUUGUGCCUGCAGGAGCAUCUUAAUUUAAGGCUCCAAUCGUUCGAAAUUCAUACCGCGCUGCUCAGUGUUCCAUAUC